AUGCGUAAUGCUAGGACGGGGAGGAUGAAGACGGAGAACUUCAUGAUUGUUAUUUUGCUUGGGUUGGAAGGCGUGGUGCCUUCUUAUCCCGAAGUUGUCCGAAUCCUCCCGCUCGAUUCUUACCCGGAAAAGAUCAUGAUAUCUCCAGACGUUGAGGAGGCAAAGUCGGGGUCACUAGCCGCGUCUGCGUUGCAACAUCUGGCGGCGCAUGUGAAAAGAGCUGCAAGCCCCGCCGUCAAGACGUACGUUGCCGUGAAAUUACAACCGCGCUACUGUAACUCCCCACACCAUUUUCAAGCAGAAGCAGAGAGUCCUGAAAUGAUGAGAUACCUUUACUCCACUUCAUUGGUCUUGGAAAGUCCUACCUCUGAGCGAGUAUUAAGGCUCGCUGCAGGAAACCUUGAUCUUUACAACAGCCUGUUUGCGCAACUAGACCCUCGUAGCCACGAGGUUGUGUAG